AUGGAAAAGACAACAAUUGACAUCAAAAGCUCCAGAUCUGAGAGAACAACAUUGUGUUUAGACAUGGGGCUACCGCUGAGACUACUGACGUUGUUUGUGAGACGGCUCACUUGGCCUGUCUCAGUUGGGAUUGCAGCAGUUGCUCGACGGGACGCUCAUUUCAGGAAUAUGUGUCUCAAGGCAGCACAAGUUGAUGACAGAGUCCGCUUUAGACACAAGGACGAUGUCCACCAUGGUGCUGCUCUAAUCAGCGAGUUUCUACUCUAUGUUAUAGUUACGGUGUUUAUGGCUGUUGAGAGUCUUCGCAACAGACAACAGCGUGAGGAAAUGAAGUACAGGAUACAACGUUUAGAAGAACUGAUCUAUAAAGGGAGCAACGACAGCAGAGACUCGUUGCUCAAGAGGUGA